AUGGUGCCGGUCACGAUAACAGAACCCGCGGUGCGCUCCUUCCUGUUUUACUCCGGCGUGCUGGGCCUAAAAGUCCUCUCCAUGGCGUUCCUGACUGCGAGACAGCGGCACAAGAAGAACGUGUUCGCGAACUCCGAGGACGCAGCCAUGAAGAAGGGCGUGGCUGUCGUUAAAUUCGACGACGAGGACGUGGAGCGGGUGAGGCGGGCUCAUUUGAACGACCUCGAGAACAUUCCACUCUUCUGGGUGCUCGGAGGCUUGUAUCUGACGACUGGACCAUCAGCCGCGACAGCUAUAACUUUGUUCCGCGUAUACGCCGCGGGUCGUAUUUUACACACAAUUGUGUACGCGGUCAAGCCGUUGCCACAGCCAUCUAGGGCUAUCGCGUUCGGUGUACCCCUUUUUAUUACAUUGUACAUGGGAGUCCAGGUCGUGUCACACUACAUCGCAGCCUAUUAA